CUCGCCCGAGCUCUCGGAAUGCCCGCUUUGCCCCCGUUUCAGGGAAGGCCCCCGGCGUCCCGGCGCUGGCCGCCUCACGGCGGCCACUACAAUAUUUGAAGCCCUGGGGGCGGAUGUCGGUGUUCCGCCCUCCGGGGGCACAGAGCCAGCUACGCGGCGCGCACCAAGGGUCUCCCCGACGAAGCCCCCGCUGCGCUCACUCGUCGAUCUUGGCCUUGGUGCUCUGGUACUUCUCGUACAGCUGCGCCGCGCCCUCCUUGGCGUCCGCGGGGAGGGCGCACGCCAUGCAGUUCAUCGUCCUCACCGCGGACCCGCCGUUGCAAAUCAGGAACGGCUUCAUGAACCCCGGCAUCUUCUCCUGCGCCUGCGCGUCCAUCUCCGCCAGCGCCUUCUGCGCCAUCUCCUUGGCCUUCGCCUUCAUGGCCUCCAUGGCGGACGCAGGACUUCUGGGCGGUCGGGUGCGAAGGUCGUCCGAGCCCGAAUCGCUCGAGC